AUGGCCAAUAUGCCAAUGAUCAUGCAGACGUUGAUGAAGUCUGGAAUUCCCGCCAGGCCCGAGUUCCGUGUUGCGAUAACGAAAGGCGAUGCUGCCGAGCCGGAUCCGCCAAGGAGAAGGGGGUCAUCUGAUGGGACUAUGAUGCCGAUAAAGAUCACGCAAACCAGAUACAUGAAGCUGACACGGAUUGGAACCAGAGUCGACGCGUGGGCCAUCGAGUAUCUUGGCGAGCUGGCCUCUCCUCCCAUGACGCCAAUGAAGACUUGGUCCCCAACUGCCCAGAUAGCUAGAACUUCCGUCUUUGACAGAUCCGGUGAGGCCGGCGCCAGCGAUCAAGGCAAGAGAGAGGAAAAUAACGAAGACGAAAAGAAUGAUCUUGACAAGCGAUCCAAUGGAUUGAAGCCAAGCGAAGAACUUGUUUGGGAGGAAGAAGACGACGAGACAGAUGCAUAG